AUGAUGGGAAAAUGUUGGGAAAAUGAUGGGAAAAUGAUGGGAAAAUGUUGGGAAAAUGAUGGGAAAAUGAUGGGAAAAUGUUGGGAAAAUGUUGGGAAAAUGAAGGAAAGGGGAGAGGAAGGAAGACAGGACAGAGAAGGAAGAAAAGGGAGGGGAAGGAGGGAAGAGGGAGGGAAGGAGAAGAGAGGAAGAAGAAGGAGGAGAAGGAAGAGGAGGAGAAAGAGGGGAAGAAAGAAGAGGAGAGGAGAGGAGAGGAGAGGGAAGAAGGGGGAAGGAAGGGAAGGGAGGGAGAGGGGAAGGGAGAAGGGAGAGAGAAAGGGGGAGGGGAGAGAGGAAAGAGGGGAGGAAGGAGGAGAAAGAAAGAAAAAAAUGAGGGGGAAAAAAAGGGAAGGGGAAGAAGGGAGAAAAAAAGAGGAGAGAAGAAAGGGGGGAAAAGAAAAGGGAGAAGAAAAAGAGAGAGAGAAAAAAGGGGAGGGGAGGAAAGGGAAGGAAAAGGGAAGGAAAAAAGCAGAGGGGAAGAGAGAAAAGGAGGGAAAAGGGGGGGAAGAAAGAAAAGGAGAGAAGAGGAGAAAAAGAGAAGAGAGGAAGGGAGAAGAGGGGGGAAAAGGAGAGGGGAGGAGGAAAAAAGAAAGAGGAAAGGAAAAGGGGGAGGAGAAGAGGGGAAGAAAGAAGGAGAGGAAAGGGGAAGAGGAGGAGAGGGGGAGAGAAAGAAGGAGAAGGGAGAGGAAGGAGAAGGAGAGGGGAAGAAGAAAGAAGGAGAGGAAAGGAGAAGGAGGGGAGAAGGAAGGAGGAGGGAAAGGAAAAGGAAAAGGGAGAAGAGGGGAGAGAAGGGGGGAAGAGGAAAGAAGGGAGGGAAGAAAAGGAGGGGGGAAAGAAGAGAAAGAGGAGAGAGGGAAAAGAAAGGGAGGAAGAAAGAAGAGGGGAAGAAAAAAGGAGAGGGGAAAAGGGAGGGAGAGGAAAAAAAAGAAAGGAGAGGGGAGGGGAAAAAAGGGGGGGGAGGAGAAGAAAAAAAGGGAGGAGAAAGAGAAAGGGGAAGGAAAGAAAAAGGGGGGAGAAGAAAAGAAGAGAGGGGGGAAAGAGAAGAGGGAGGAGAAGAAAAAAAGGGGAGAGGAAGGGGAAGGGAAAGAGAAAAGGAGGGGGAAGGGGAAGGGAAGAGGAGGGAAAGGGAAAAAGGGAAGAGGAGGAAAGGAAAGAGGAGGGAAGGGGAAAGGAAGAGGAGGGAAAGGGAAAAAGGGAAGGGAGGAAGAGAAAAAAAGGGAAGGGGGGAGGGAGAGAGAAAAGGGGGAAAAAAGGAAGAAAGGAGAGGGAGGGGAAAAAGAAGAGAGGGAAAGAAGAAAGAGAAAGGAAGAGGAAGAGGAAGGGGAAGGGGAAAGAAGAGGGAAAGGGGAAAAGAAAAGAGGGGGAAAAGGAAGGAAGGAAGAGGGGAAAGGGAAGGGGAAAAAAAAAGGAAGGAGAGGGGAAGGAAAAGGAGGGAAGAAGAAAAGGGGAGGAGGGAGGGGGAGGGAAGGAGAGAAGAGGGAAGGGGGGAAAGGGAGGGGAGGGAGAGAAGAGGGAAGGGGAAGGAGGGGAGAGGGAAGAGGAGAGAAAAGGGAAAAGGGGGGAAGGGGAGAGGGAGAGGAGGGGAGAGAAAAGGAGAGGGAGGAGGGAAGAGAAGGGGGGAAGGGAAAGGAAGGGAGAGGAGAGAGGAAGGGAGAAAACAAGGGAGGGAGGGAAAAGAGAGGGAAGGAAAAGGGAGGAGAAGAAGGGGAGAAAGAGGGAGGAAAAAGGGAAAGAAAAGGGGAGGAAAAAGGGGGGAAAAAAGGGGAAGAAAAGGGGGAGGAGGAGGAGGAAAAGAAAGGAGAGGAAAAAAAGGGGGAGAAGAAGGGGAGAGAAAAGGAGGAGGAAAAAAAAGAGAAGAAAGAGAGGGGAAGAGAAGAAAGAAAAAAGAAGGAAGGAAGAAAGAAAAGCAAGAAGGGGGAGGAAAGAGGGGAAGAAAAAAAGGGAGGGAGAGAGAGAGGAGGAAAGAGG